AGCUUUUAUUAGUUUCACAGGACUGCUCGGUGUUAUUGACCUAUGUCCACAAAAUUAUCCUUAUCAUUUGCUUAUCGCGUCUUGCCUUCUCGUAUACUGUUCCUUGCCUCUGGAAACAGCACAGGUCUGUGUGUGUUGUGUACUCCAACUUGUUGAAUACCAGCACCCUGCCCUCUGUGAGGAGUGCUCAGUGUUCAAGGUUCAGGAAGAUAACGAGAGGUGAGUGGCUGACGCAUAGCUCGUGUUAUGUUACCAAAAGCUCAUAUCAGAUUACCGUAGACAGCAGGUUGGGUGAAACUGUAGCUGUAGUCAGAUCGCUGUGGCUUGAACAAACCAGGAACUGGGACUAAAAAGAAGCAGUUUUAAAGAAGAUAAAGAAGCUAAGACAGUACUUCCUGUUCUUUUAAGAAGAGCGUUGCCAUGGGUAAGACGACACAACACUGCCUGCUGCUUUUGCUGUAUUUGUCAGGGCUUGUUCACCGUUCAGCUGCCUUGGUGUUUUGGACAGCCGUGGUGGAAAUAAGCUAUAUUAACAACAACAAUGACACUGUGGACAAAUACUGUGAGUGUGGGGUAUACGGUCGUAACUCUCCCCUGGAGAAAGCCUCAGGCAUUGUUACACUUCCCAAGGGAGACCCCAAAGGCUGUGGCCCGGAUCUAGUCUACAACCGUAACUCCAGCUCACCACCCUGGAUAGCCCUGGUUAAAAGGGGCAACUGUACUUUCAGUGAGAAGAUUAAUGCUGCCAAACGUCAAGGAGCAGCUGGUGUGGUGGUGUAUAAUGUGGAUGGCAGUGGCAACAGCACCACUCACAUGGCACACUCAGAUGCAGCUGGUAUUGUGGCUAUCAUGAUUGGCAACACUCAGGGCAUGGAGAUUGUCAAAUUGGUGAAGAAUGGGACAGAUGUGCAGAUGCUUAUUGACGUAGGCAGCCCUCAUGGACCCUGGAUGGACACCUACUGGUUUUAUUUCCUGUCCAUUGCCUUCUUCAUUGUGACAGCAGCCUCAGUCGCCUACUUUGUGUUUAUCUCUGCAAAUCGUCUCUACAACCUGAGCAUGCAUAGGCGCACUGAGAGGAGGCUGAAAUCUGAGGCCAAGAAGGCGAUCGGGCGCCUACAAGUACGCACACUCAAGAGAGGGGAUGAGGAAACUACCUCGGACUCCCAUAUGUGUGCCGUAUGUAUUGAAUCCUACAAGCCAGGUGAAGUGGUGACAGUGCUAACAUGUGACCACAUCUUCCAUAAAGCCUGCAUCGAGCCCUGGCUGCUGGAGAGGAGGACCUGCCCCAUGUGUAAGUGCGACAUCCUAAAGGCACUGGGGGUUGAGGAUGAGACAAAAGAGAGCAUUUCUGCUGAUUCGCCACCAGAUGUCACUGUGAUCACAGUGACAGGAGGAGAAACCCUUUACGAAGUCCCACUGACUGACCCAGUGAGCCCUGACCCAGAGAGACAUCAGCAUCGUUAUGACAACAGGGCCUUCCAGGGAGACUCAGAGGCUGCAAGAGGAUGAACAACAGCGACAGAAAUGAAACUACAGGACACAGACAAACUCCCUGUUUGAAAUAGAUGUUUUUCAGGGAUACAUUGAACCAGCACAAUGGAAUCAAACUGUAAGGAGAAACACUGUUCAUCUUGUAAUGCAGGCAUGCUAAAAUAGAUUUUCAUAAAAAUUCCAAGGAUUUUAAAUGUUAAUGGACCUUGUGUAAUUUGCUUGGAUGACGUUGCAUUUUCUUUGCCUGUCUUGGUGCAAGACUGUAAUCAUGGGCAAUUAUUAGGCACGGUCAGAAAAUUACCUUUAGAUGGUGAGAAUAGAUCCUGAAAGCUGAAUAGCCAAGGAGAGAUGCCAGAGUCAAAUUUCUGCUUUGCAUAGUGAACACACUGGUUAGAGAGGAAGAGCAACAAAGCAUUUGAAUAUGUGUUUGAAAUCAAGGCCAAAUGUCCUCCAGUAAGGCUUGUUGGCUUGCAUUAAUCACAGUCCCUCACAAUUAACUAUUGUCUUUUAAAUUCAGAGCAGAAUUUAUUUCUCUUAACUCAGUUGAUUUAAAAUAAUUUGACUUUCUUUCUGAUCUUUUUAAGCCAAAGUAUGUUUUUCCAUGGUCACUGACUAUUCAUUGGAUUUAUAAACAAACCCUUGUGAACACACCCUUUACUGGAAAUGCAGCAUGUCAAACAUUGCACUAUGAUGACUUAAUAACAUCACACGAGGGGCUGGGACUCUUUAGAAACAUGGUCCAUGAGAACAUGUUUACCACAUAUGAAAUAAGAAUUUUCAAGUACUCCAUAACUUGUUGGCUGGUCUAUAACUGCCUAAAGAAAUUCCCACAGAAAUAUGGCGAUGCAAUAAAUGUCAUAGGAAUUGUAGAUUAUAUGCCUCCAAAAAUGUUAUCUUUAGUGGAUUGGUGAAAGUUGUGUGUUCUGGUUUUUGAAAUUAUAUAUAUUUAGAUUGAUUUAUCAAUCAUGAAGUUCUAUCUGUUAAUAUAAAGGUAAUACAUAAUAUGUGUACAGUUCUUUUCCUUCUCUAAACAGUUGAUUUUCAUGUACAAAUACCAAUUGUUAUUUUUGAAUAGGUCUUUCAGGUUUUUCCUUUGAAAUAUGUGGAAUGUUUAUUCAGUCCCUGUGCUCUACCUCUGAACUCUCACGUGGGGGAAAUUACGGAAACUUCUUGCAAUUCCAAGACUGAACUGUGUCCCACUGUAAAUGAUAAUGUUAAAGAGUAAUUUAAUUUCUUUGUUUGCUGGUGGGGAUAUACUGAUCAUGUUACUUAAAUAUAUUUUUCUAUACGGAAUCAUUUUCACUACUGUUUUACAGAUUCCAGGAGUCUUAAAUUGUUCUUUAAAAAUGAAUAUUACUGGCUGUAUGAAAUCACAUUGAUGCUUAUUAGAAUGCAAUAAAUCCCUCAAAAUGAG